AUGACUGCUGAUGAUGAUGACGACAACAGCAGCAGCAGCUGCAGACGGGUCGUGAAUGAAGAAUCUCGUUUAGAGAAUGAAAAUGACUUAGGGACGAGUGAGACGGAGACUACAAAAAUUAGAAACGGUCACGUUGAUGUUCCGCGAGUCGGUGUGGAAGUCGAAAACAACAAACCACAAAUAACGCGUAAACUGAAGCAUAAAAUCGAUAACGCGAAUUUCCAAACAAUAGAGACUGCAAAGAAAAAAGAUGCAGUUGAAGAAGAGCUGCCAUCACGGAAUAUAAAUAAGGCAGCUAGAGGAAACGUGCAGCAAAUGAAAGAGCCAGACCCAAUCCUCAAGGAUAAAGAUCGAAAGAGUGGCUGGGAAGAUCCUAUAAAGAAAAUUGUUGCCGAAACCCUAAAAGCCCAUAGUGAAACUGCAGAGAAUACCAACCCGACGGUAACAGUCACUGGUCCAGCGGUUGGCGCUACCGACGGCUGUCCUGCUGUCCAAAAUGCACUCAUAGAUAAAGAUGAGUCACUGCCCAAAAUAGGAAAGCACGUAGAUGAAAAUGACUAUAAAGAGUUGAAAACUAAUAAGAGUAAAAAUUCAUAUCGAGUUGCGGCGAAAAUAAAAACGACCUUACCCACAAAACUUCAAAAUAAAGAUCAAAAGGACAUCGUGAAAGAAGUUUGUAAAAGGUCGACUAAAGAAAAUAAAGAGGAAUGUGCCAAAAGGAAUACGCUGGAACACAAGGUUCCUGUAUUAGCGCCUUCUUACGGUAGUUUGCAAAUAAAUAUCCAAUUCCGUCAUGAUGAUAAGCUAAUAGAGCUGAACAAGGAAACUGGUGAAGCCGCCAUAUUCAAAGCAAGGAUGUUGAACCACACCUAUUAUACAAGGAGAAUUUUUAUCGACAAGGUUUUCAAAGAUUUCCGCAAAACCAUGAACAUGGACGAGGAGAGAAAUAACAUCAAGGAAGAGAAGAAACCGUUAAGAAAGAG